AGAAGCAGGAUUUAACCACUAUGAAUGACGGGAAUGUGGGUUAAUAGUAAUGGCUUCGCGCUGGUUGUGAUCUUAUGGAAAGUUUGAAGAAACCAUCUAUAAGAGGAAUUAAACACAAGUAACAUGUUUAUGUAAUGAAACAGGAAUCCAAGUAGCAGGCACGAUUUUUCCCCACGAUUUAGUCCGCUUCAUCAAGACUGGCCUCUCAAGUCACUAUGUCUGGAAAUAUCGAUUUCAAGGAGAGUAGCAGGUCAAGCACAGACUCGAAGGAGAGGAGACGAUCGAGAAGCAGUGGAAGGGACGAAAAGAAACAAAAACGCAGCCGGAGCAGAUCCCUGUCGCUCAGUUCAUCUUCCUCAUCAUCAUCCUCUUCGUCGUCUUCUUCCUCUCGCUCCUCCAGCAGUAACUCAUCGAGCAGCAGGAGCAGCUCCAGUAGCAGUGAUUCUAGCAGAAAGAAAAGGAAAAUUUCAAAGAAAAGGAAAAAGGAGAAGCCUGGCAAGAAGAAGCAGAAAAAAGACAAAACACGCAAACGAAAGAAGAUAAAGAAACACAAAGGCGAGGAAGAUGAUUCUGGUCCUGUUCAGAUUUCAAAGUACCUGAAGGAAAAGAAGCGGAGUGGCAAAUACAGCAUGAUCUCAGGGAAGAAGAUCAAAAUGAAGGUGAAAAAAUCAAAGAAGGACAAGCAAAGAGACAAGAACCGCGCUGAGCUGUUGGAGUUUCUGAACUCGACUUGCUGAUUUGGACUCCUAAAUUCUUCUUCUUCUUUUUUUUUUAUGUGUUUGUUUGUUUUAAUUGACUUUGGUUUGGCCAAUCAGCUCUCAGGGAAAUGCCAGUAAUUUCCUGUAAUGGACAGCACUGUGGAGCCUCGAACAGCUCGCCAAAACUGGAGAAAAAUCUUAUUUUGUUAUCUUUCUAUAUUAUUUUGUUAACAUCCAACGCCACUCGCAUAACAUCCCUGCUAUAAAGCAUCACGCUCGCAUGUGUUUGCUUUUUUUGAACUUUAUACCACAGUGAAGUGUGAUGUUCGCUACUUUUUUCAUCCAUCUGUAUUUAGACCAUUUACUGUAACAAGAUCACCCAGGUUUUUGAAAUGAGAAACAUGGUGACCUUUUUUUUUUUUUUUUUAAAUAACCACACAUUCAGAUUUACAACAAACACCAUUAUCACCUAAAAAUGUUGUAUAGGAUGUUUUAUGUGGACGUAGAAAAUACCAGUAGAUACAAAGAGGUUGGUACAUAAAUAUGAUAUGUUGCAGCAUUCACAAAUGUGCGUUUUUUGUCGUGUUAAAUUUGAGUAAGAACUGGCAACAUGAUGACGUCUGUACAGGUUCUUAGAUAAAUAAAAAACACAUCGGUCCAAA